CAACGACCAGCUCACAGUCUGCUCACUCUCCCCCUUCAUCAUCUCCAGACAGUAGCCUGCUGGGCGCGUCCGCGUGACAUUGUAGCUCGACAUCAGACUCAGAGAAGGUGGUGUGUUAAGUUCCGGCGGAGAAGGGAGCAAAGCGCAAGGGAGAAGAAGCCGUGAUCAAAUUCUGAUUGUUUCGUACCUUGGAAGCAUCUGCAGACGUAUCGACACGCGCACUAGUCAGGGACUGCCGACAGAAUACAACGCGCAGUUCAUAACAGAUGAAUGCUGUUGCGUCAAGACUCAAGCAGCUUCAACAAGCGAAAGACCUCGUCGACAAUGAUCCGUCCUUCUUUACACAGAUAGUCGUCGGCUUAUUGCCUUUGACGAGCGAUCCUGAAGUCGUUGUUCAACGAUGGGUUGCCGACUUUCUUCUUCAAGCCUUUUCGAGCGUGCAAUUAGAUACAGAGGCCAAGUUGGAUUUGUCACUCAAAUGCCUCGAGACACUGUGCACGCUCAUGGUACAAGGGCGCGAUGUACCAACGACAAAGAGUGUCAUUCAGGCUGCAACAAUUGCCUAUCCGCUUCUCUUCCGACAUGUAGCCUUACAUCCACAAGCAAGUGAGAUUUGGAAACGUACAUCGGCCCUGAAAUCAGCCAUCAUGGGCUACUGGGAUGGUGCACACGAGGGCCUUCGUGUCUGCUGCUUCAAAUUCGCUCAACGUGUGAUUGCAACGCAAAUGAAGGGUGCCAAGGAUCCACGACUAGCAGAUAAGUUGGAUAUAUCCUUGCUGCUCGUGCAACCACAGCACCCGCUAUUGCACGAAACAGAGUUGACUGCUGAAGCGCAGGGUUUGCUGGACCGGAUGUGCUUCACCCUGACUGACCAACCAACUAUUCCUGGUAUAUUAACGGCUUGCAUCAACUGUCUCUGUGUACUAGUCAAAAUUCGACCCAGUGCUGCAAACAAGAUCAUUAGCGCUAUACUAGCACUGGAUACAAGCAAGCUCGUGGAGCAAGAUGGUACUAUGAAGGCCAAAUUGCAAGCCAAGUUUGUUGAUAAGACUAUUCGACUUGCUCUGACACAUCUCCUCAAACACAAUGCCGCUGGUCCACUUGGCAACCGCAUACAACAAAACCUCCUCGGCACCGCACGCAGAGAUGAAGAGCUGAACAAGAAGAGAGCCGCUGUCGAAGCGACCGAUCCAACAGCUAAACGACUGAAACUCGGUGAUGCCGUAGAUGGUCGCGGCACACCCACUCCCAAUGUCCUAUCCAUCCCGCCACUACCAGAAGGUCCUGUGUCACUGGCAACUGUAUUCAAUUUGGCUAAUGACAAUGCCUUGGCUGCCUUUGACGUCCAUCAACUGCCUUCCCAUCUCGUCAAUCAAAUCGUAUUGGCAUCCCUUGCCGCUGUUGACUUGGAGAAAUUGGCUGCUGCCGUGCAGACAACACGCGAUCGGUAUGCAGCUGUUCAACUUCGUGCUUCAGCAGCUGCUACAACAGCCACUGAUCUUGUUCCGGGUAAGUCUGCGGAUACGUCGUUGCAAGCCCCCGUGUUUGCACAAGUCUUCAAAAUGCCUGAACCACCGGAACAGACACCUGCCACGUUACAACAGUUGUGUACGUCCCUCUGUGCGCGUGUUCUAGCGAGUCGUGCAACAGCUGAAGCGGCUAGCAGUCAAUCUCUGGGAGUCACUGGAAAGCAGCAACGUCCGGGUGGUCUUGCAAAACGCUUGGGUGCAGCGUGGGAUAAGGAGAGUUGGUUGUUUAUGACGAUUCGGCUUGCAAGUCGUGGACUUGGCAGGGAAGGUUUGGAGGAGUCGGCUAAGUCUGGUCAAGCAUUAAGUAAAAAUGGGUCUGUUGGUGGUGUGUCUCAAGCGGCGCGAGAGAUGCUGUAUGCGUAUAUCAUGCAGGAUUUCAGGAGUCGACUGGAUGUCUGUACUGCGUGGCUCACUGAAGAAUGGUAUCACGAACAAGUGUGUUUGACGCGUGCACCUGAUAUGGCGCAACCUAGUCGGUACGAGACGUUGGCUUUGCGCGUCCUAGAUGGCAUUUUACCAUUUAUUGAAGGGAAAGAUCGAUUAUUUAUGCGAUUCCUGUCGGAUCUGCCAGACUUGACAGUUUCAUUGAUUGGGAGGCUCAGAGUCUUCUGUCUGGAUCCAGAUCGGUCAGCAUUGGGCUAUACGACACUGCAGUAUCUGGUGAUGCUGCGACCGCCCGUCAGAGAGAUAUGCUUGGAUGUGGUUGAGCGGCUGUACAUGGAGGACAAGUCCGAGUUGGCGCAACAGGAGAAGAUUUUGAAGCGAUGGCGACCUGCUGCGAUUGAUGCUGCGGCUGUUGCCAAGCAGGAGGCUGCUGUACCCAUGCAGGUAGGUGCGUAGGUUUCCCAAUUUCCAUCUCGUCGCAG